UGUAGGAAAUGGAAUGAGUGAGUGUUGCGUUGAGUACGCGUGACGGUGUCAGUCGUGUUCGUUUUUGGAGCAGCUGAGACCGGGGGAGUUCUACUCACACGUUCUUAAUCCAUUAUAACAAUUCCCAGGAGACCUUGUGACUCAAAUUGAUUAUUUAGGAUUGUUAAAUUAAUUUUUAAGCUUGAAAAUGGCGCAGUGCAGAAGAUUUGUGGUGACAACGGGGGGCUUGCUCCGAGCACGGGGACAUGGAGCUGCAACAAUUGUCACGAGUCGUUCUAGCUCAUGGUGGUCGCACGUCGAGAUGGGCCCCCCAGACGCAAUCCUGGGUGUGACAGAGGCCUUCAAACGUGAUAACAAUCCCAAGAAAAUUAACCUGGGGGUCGGGGCAUACAGAGACGACAAUGGGAAACCCUUUGUGCUCCCCAGUGUGAUCAAGGCUGAGGAGAAGCUGAGGGCUAAGGGGCUCGAUAAGGAGUACUCCCCGAUCUCCGGAAAUCCUGAUUUCUGUGCAAAUAGUAUUAAUCUAGCCCUUGGAGAUGGGAGUGACGUUGUAGCUAACAAAUGGAAUGCCACAGUGCAGGGAAUAUCAGGCACAGGAUCCCUCUGCAUCGGUGCAUUUUUCCUGAACAAAUUUUUCCCUGGAAACAAGGAAAUUUACCUGCCAUCUCCAUCCUGGGGCAAUCACACACCUCUGUUCAAAUUAGCUGGACUCAGUGUUAAAUCCUAUCGUUACUAUGACCCCAGCACUUGUGGCCUUGACUUCAAGGGGGUGAUGGAGGACAUUUCUAAAAUCCCGGAGAGAUCUAUUAUUCUUCUUCACGCUUGUGCCCACAAUCCCACGGGUGUCGAUCCAAAGCCAGAACAAUGGGCUGAACUGUCGGCACUAAUCAAGAAGAAGAAUCUCUUUCCUUUCUUUGAUAUGGCGUAUCAAGGAUUUGCCUCUGGCGACGUAGCUAGGGAUGCGGCAGCAGUGCGUCUCUUCGUGAAGGAAGGCCACAACAUUCUGCUGGCCCAGUCCUUCGCCAAGAACAUGGGUCUCUACGGUGAGCGAGUGGGUGCCUUCAGCUUGAUCGGCUCCAGUGGCGACGAGGCAGCGCGCGCCAUGUCCCAGAUAAAGAUCCUCAUCAGGCCGAUGUACUCGAAUCCCCCCAUAAGUGGCGCCCGAAUAGUCAACGAGAUCCUGAGUGACCAGCAGUUGAAGCAGCAGUGGCUGGGGGACGUCAAGGGCAUGGCCGACAGAAUCAUCGGGGUGAGGACCAAGUUGCGGGAGAAUCUGAAGAAAAACGGCAGCACCAGGGACUGGUCCCACAUCACUGAUCAGAUCGGAAUGUUCUGUUUCACUGGACUAAAGGCACCUGAGGUGGAGAAAUUGACAUCUCAAUUCAGCGUCUACUUGACGAAAGAUGGAAGAAUAUCGAUGGCUGGUGUGACAUCGAAGAAUGUUGAGUAUCUGGCCCACGCAAUUCAUGAAGUAACGAAAUAAAUAUGAAUGCCCCAUGGACUCAUCCAACUACUCAUGUAUAGAACGGGCAUUAGUCCCAGAAGCAAGCAACCAAUCAACAACCAGUAAUGAAAACCAAGUACCUAGAGAAGAUGAUGCAGAGGAUCUACCUUUGUAAUAACUACACGUCGAUAUCACAAGCAUUUACUCACACUGUAUUUUUGAAAUGCACUGCAGGCAGUGCCCAGUGUUGACCCUAUCGACACGUACGAGAUGAAACUGUCUAAAUUUUUUUACCAGAAAUUGUCGAAUGUGAAGAUAGCAAAAAUACGUAUUAUGAAUCAGUUUAUUGCAGAUAUUGAAGUGAUUGUUGCGAGUAAUCAUGUUAUUUUGAGGAGAUGCUCAAAUGUAUUCCAUGGAUACUGUUUCCAAGUUCAUAAAGUUUAUGAGAAGACAGAGAAUAAAUGUACAAUCGUGAUGAA